AUGGCGUAUACCUCUGCUUUCCGUCGUAUUCUGACCGGAUCUUCUACGCAUUCGCCGAUUUUUCGCUCACAGUUCGCUUGGAUUCGCCACAGUUCUACCCUCCCUACGCUCACCAGUCCUAAGCUUUUCAUUAGCGGUAUAUCAAAAAAUACAACUGAUGAAAGUCUUUUCAAUGCGUUUGCACCAUUUGGAAGGCUUUUUGACGCAAAAGUGAUCAUGGAUCGAGCGUCUGGAAAACCAAAGGGGUUUGGUUUUAUUACUUAUGAAACAGUAGAAGAAGCUGAGAAAGCUCGGGAAGAAAUGAAUGCCAAGUACCUGGAUGGUUGGGUAAUUUUUGUUGAUCCAGCAAGACCCAGGGAGCCUCCUUCUCCACCUCGACAACCUCCUCAACAAGACCUACAUCUCAAUCCAAAGCCUACUGAAAAUCUCUUUGCGACUAACAGGACUUUAGGAUGGUCUGGUUGA